AUGAAAAUGAUUUCUUAUCAGAGGAUUGGAUUUGUUGGGCUCCUAGAAACAAAGGUUAAGGCUGCAAACAUGGGAGCCUUAUACCUAAAUAUGUUUCAGGGUUGGUGUUUCACUUCUAAUCUUGCUCAUCAUCCUAAUGGGCGGAUUAUUAUAGCUUGGAAUCUGAAUAGCUAUGAGGUUGAUAUCAAAUGUGGUACGAGUCAACUUAUACACUGUUGGAUAAGGCCUAAACGAGGGUAUCAGUUUGUUGUCACUGUUGUCUAUGCUAUGAAUGGAAGUACUAAGAUUCUGUGGAUUGUUGGAGGAGAUUUUAACUCUGUUUUGUCUACUGAAGAAAUGCUAAAUUAUCGUGGGAAUGGCACAGAAAUGGUGUCGUUUCAAUCUUGUGUUGCUGAAUGUGGUUUUGAGGAUGUUAAAUACAAUGGUUCUUAUUUUACUUGGAAUAAUAAACAAGAGGGGAAAGCUCGAGUGUGUGCAAAGUUAGACCGGGUCUUAGCAAAUAAUGUUUGGUUGGAAACUUUUCCAACAACUAAAGUUAGUUAUCUUUCAGAGGGUAUCUUUGAUCACUCACCAGGGCUGCUUUCCAUAUACCCGACUACACAUGACAGUCAUAAACCUUUCAGAUAUUUUAAUUACUGGAGCUUUUUGGCAGAGUUUACUGAUAUAGUCCAAAAAGGGUGGAGUGAGUUAGUUGAAGGUCAUCCUAUGUACAGAAUAAUUAAAAAACUCAAAAUGCUAAAACAGGGACUCAGGAGGUUACAUCAGAAAGGGAAAGGAGACCUUGGUUUGCAAGACUCGGAAGCUUAUAAAAAUCUGAUUGAUAUUCAGGAGACUUUGAGGGAGCAUCCUCAUAAUGGAGAGCUUAUUUCUCAGGAAAUUCAGGCUAGGAUGAAUUAUACUGAGAUUCACAAGCAAUAUUUACUAUUUUUAAGGCAGAAAGCGAAAGCAAAUUGGAUAGCUCUAGGUGAUGACAAUACCAAAUUAUUUCAUGCUAGUAUGAAGCAGAGGAGAAUGCAAAACACUAUUUACUCGGUCAGAAACAGAAAUGGGGAUUGGGUUACUGAGCAACAUGAGGAUACAUGA